AUGAGGAUAGCAGUAAAUAUUGCUGCUAGCUCUACAAUUGAAGAUGAGGGGAAUGUGGUAACUAAUGCAGAUAAAAAGGAGACCAUAGGUGAAUAUGGGUUCGUUUACAGCCAAGCUAUACUCAUUCUCAUAGAAGGAAUGCCCAAGCCUAUGAGGAAAUCAUCUGUAUGGAAUUCUAAUGUGUGGCAGCAGAAAACUGUUGCAAAAGAGUUAGUAGUUCUUGACU